AUGUGUGGUCUGCAAAGUUCUAUACCCUGCCCAGGAGCAUUCCUGUAUAUCCUUAAUUUUUUUCUUUUGUUGCUGCUCCAGAAGGAGAUACUUGGCUGUCCAGCUGUUUGCCAGCUCUGCACAGGGAGACAAGUUAUCUGUUGUAACUUAGGGCUUUUGAGCAUCCCACGGUACUUUCAAAGAACUACAAUUCUUGUAUACCUCAGUGGGAAUAAUAUAUUGUAUGUCAUUCCAAAUGAAUUAAGAUGCCUUCAGAAGCUUGCUGCACUGUACAUGGAUAAUUCCAUUAUUUUGUAUGUACACCCAAAAGCUUUUGUGGAACCCCCCAAACUCUGCUAAUUGCAUCUAAAUAACAAUAAUAUUAAACACCUGGAUCCAGGAAUCUUUGAAGGUCUUUCCAAUCUUCACUGUUUAUACCUUCAGAAUAAUUACAUAGCUUUUGUUCCCAGAGGAUUAUUUAGUGAUCUCCUUUCUGUUAGAUAUUUAUUGCUUCAAAGAAAUGGUCUCAGUGUCCUUGGAAGUGGAACUUUCUUGGGAAUGAUAAGUCUCCAAACACUUAACCUAGCCAAUAAUAAGAUUUUAUAGAGAUCAGAUUCAGCAUUUCAUCAUCUUAAAACCCUUGCAUAUUUGUUCCUUGAAG